AUGAACAACGACGGGCUAAUGAAAAAGACGGAUCAAGAAAUCGAGGAGGAGAGGGAGAGGAAGAAUGUUUCAGAGGCAGUCAAUGUGUUAUCACGUUCUUCCAUAACCCUAGAUAUCAUCAUGGGAGACACAAAGCAAGAAAUCGACAGUGAGAAGAAGAGGAGGGAGAAUGUUUCAGAGACAGACAAGGAGUGUGAAUCUCAAGAAGACCGCCUAGCUCUUACUUUACGUCCUCCUGGGUAUAGUCCUUGCCAGGACUCGCCAGUGAAAGAACCGUCGCCGAGGUCAUGGCCACGGUCAUGGUCAUGGUCAUGGCCACGGCCACUGUUCCAGACGCCACCGACACAAUUUCUGCCGACGACUUCACCGCCACUGUUCAUUCCGGAUCUGUUUCCAUCUGAACCAGCAAGACAACGAACGAAUCCUUAUCCGUCGGAGUCUUUGACUCCGGCGGAAAGUAUCCCUCCUCCUCCUCCACUUCCUCUUCCAACAGGGCAGACGUCCCGACAGUCUCGGAGCCGUCCGCUUGUAUGGCCAAACGGCAAAACAGAAGUCAUUCCAGCGCCCUAUGUUUGGGCGACGACGCGGAGAGCCACCGUACAGCGCCUCGAUUACCUCGUAUCAAGACAAAUAUCGAUUAUCUCCGGGCAAGUCCAGUGCAAGAGAUGCGAGAGAAGCUUUGAAAUGCAGUACGAUCUCCUAGAAAAGUUCAACGAAAUCGGGAGUUUCAUAGCUCAAAACAAGAUCUUAAUGCGAGACCGUGCUCCAGACAAUUGGAAGAGCCCUACCCUCCCAAACUGCACAUACUGCGGGGCAGAAAACAGCGUGAAGCCCUGCAUUUCCGCGAAGAAGAGGUCCAUAAACUGGCUGUUUUUGCUUCUUGGACAGAUGAUCGGCUGCUGCACACUGGAACAGUUAAAAUACUUCUGUAAACACACCAAGAAUCAUCGAACUGCUUGCAAGGAUCGAGUUCUUUAUCUUACGUAUCUCGAUUUGUGCAAACAACUUGAUCCCAGUGGUCCUUUUUCUCUCCGCUGAGAAAUUCAUCAACAGCCGUUAUAUACAAUUACAUCAAUUUUCUUUUUUUCUUCUUUUCAUCUUUAAUUUACAGAGAUGUCUCUUGAUCUCUAGGAACUUAUAAGAUUUGGAUUGGAUGUAGUUGAA